CUUCUUAAACCCUAUUGUUCCUCUUCAACAAAAAAAACAAACACAGCGUUAAUCUUCCGAAAACAAAAAAGAACAUACAUGUCUUUUGAGAACAACUAAAAUUCUUCCAAGAGAAGAAAACAUUGCACAACUAAGCAAACCCUAUACAUUAUUAUCACUUCUCAAUCACUGUUUCAGGAGAAGGAAGAAGAAUCACCCAAUAAUGGCUUCUUCUAUUUUCAAUCCUCCUUCUUCCACCACCGCUCUCCUCCUCCGCACCCGCCAACCUCUUCGCGUGGGUCCUACCUCUCUCCGCUUCCUCACCAUUCGCUCCUCUCCCCCUUCAUCUCGCGUUCUCUCCAUCGUUGCUAGUGCUACCGAGGCAUCUGCUAGUGCUGCUGAGGCAUCUGCUAAGGUGAUCGAUGGAAAAGCGGUGGCAAAGCAAAUCAGAGAGGAGAUAGCAGUUGAAGUCUCCAAGAUGAAAGAAGCUGUCGGUGUGAUUCCAGGGUUAGCUGUUAUUCUUGUUGGAGAUAGAAAGGAUUCUGCAACUUAUGUGCGCAACAAGAAGAAGGCUUGUGAAUCUGUUGGAAUUAAUUCUUUAGAAGUAAAUUUGCCUGCGGAUUCAACAGAAGAAGAAGUUUUGAACUAUAUUUCUAGCUACAAUGAUGAUCCUGCGGUUCAUGGCAUCCUUGUUCAGCUACCUUUACCAUCUCAUAUGAAUGAACAAAAUGUGUUGAACGCUGUUACAAUCGAGAAGGAUGUAGAUGGUUUUCAUCCAUUGAAUAUUGGCCGACUUGCUAUGCGAGGUAGAGAUCCGUUGUUUGUUCCUUGUACACCAAAGGGAUGCAUUGAACUGCUCCACAGAUAUGGCAUUUCUAUUAAAGGAAAGAGGGCUGUUGUGAUUGGUCGGAGUAAUAUUGUCGGAAUGCCAGCUGCUCUCUUGCUGCAAAGGGAAGAUGCUACUGUCAGUGUUGUCCAUUCCAGAACUAGUAACCCUGAAGAGAUCACAAGACAGGCAGAUAUCAUAAUCGCCGCUGUUGGACAACCAAACAUGGUUAGGAAAAGCUGGAUAAAACCUGGUGCAGUCAUUAUCGAUGUUGGAAUCAAUCCGGUAGAUGAUCCAAGUAGCUCUCGAGGAUAUAAAUUGGUUGGAGAUGUUUGUUAUGAAGAAGCUAUACAAGUUGCCUCUGCUAUUACACCUGUUCCUGGUGGAGUUGGUCCAAUGACCAUUGCAAUGCUUCUACAAAAUACACUCAGCUCUGCAAAGAGAAUUCACAAUCUUGAAUAAUCUAAAUGAUGUAUUAUAACAUUAUGAGCCAUCAAUUUUUGUUUGGGAGAGUCUUGAAUUUUGCUCUACUUUUUUAUUUUAUUCUAUUUUGAUAAAAAAAAAGUGGGGAAAAAGGACAAUGUUUCUUGGCUUGAUGCCAUGAUGGUAUAAAACUUCCCCCUUUCAUGUGUACUUGCGAGUACACAAGUCAUUAGUGUUUAGGUAUAAUGUGAGUACUAAAGUAGAUUUGAAUGUGGAAGAGAAGUUUGAUUUAAUGAUAAAAUUUAUUGCUCAAA